UUUUCAAACUCCCACAGAAAUUUUUAUUUUAAAUCUUAUUUUCAAUAGUAUUUGGUCCCUGUGGACUCCACCUUUCAAAGAUCUGCAAAAAAUCGAAACAUCAUGUGCUUUUGCUCGCAUACAAAUAAUCGCAGUAUUUCCAAUAUUAGUUCUCAUAUACAUAGACGGAGUUUAAUCUUUUGGUAAAAAACUUUCCCAUUACUACUUCUUGGACCCAAUCAGGAGAGUAUUUUAUUUCCCACCAACACCUACUUUUACUUAAGCGUCGCUGUGGUUACGCAUGUUGCCGCUGACUAAAAUUUGGCUCUGCUAUGGGAUUUUUUCGGCGAUUCUCAUGAUUUUCAUGAUAGUUUUGCUCUCAGUGAGCAAACAUUUUACAAAUUCAUUUUAUCGAGUUAUAACAAUGGAUAUAAUUUUGAAUCUUCUUUGUUGGGUGAACACUUGGCCUAGUCGGAUGGUUUUUAGAGAAGAUGGAUUUGGAUUUGCUCGUUUUCUUUACGAAUUCUAUAAUAAAAGUUUCGAUGUUAGUUUUUUCCUGUCAAAUGUGUUCUUCCACGUUCAAAGUGCUAGUACAAUUUGUAUAUGUUGUCAUCGAUUAUCAACUGCAAUAUUUGAUAAUUCAAAUAGAUUUUGGAGCAGAUUUUAUCUUUUGGUGUAUGCUCUAAUUAUUUUAUAUUCAUUUCUUGCCGUUCAGCUUUUGUAUCGAGCUCCGAUAAAGUUUGAUUAUGAAUUGAACAAGUUCUAUUCGGAACCUGCAACUCUGGACCAACGUCUUUCUGUUGCAAUGUAUCUUCGUUGUUUUAUGAGUGGAUACCUAUUGGCAAUUAUUAUAAUCGCCCUCUCAACACUGUAUCAAGUCAGAAAACGAAUUGCACCGUUCGAUCAUCUGCACAAGAAUCUUCUUCGCAAAAUGUCCCUGAUCGCAUUUUCCCAUACUUUUGUUUUUACAAUGUUACUGGCUUGGCAGACAUUAAACUCUUUCGUCGUUUAUGCAAGUUUUAUAGAACUUCUGAUGAUUGUAUCUGAUAUGAUAUCAUUUUCAAUGGCCUACAUCCUGUUAAUAUUCGAUGGAAACGUGCGAUCUGUUAUUAAGAAUAAUCUUCCUGUUAUACAAAUCAAUGGACGUAGAAUUUCGGACGCGCAAAGGUCUCAGAACAACAUUACGUAGCUGAUUGUUGAAAAACGUUAGUUAUAAAUAAUAUGAUUCAAAUUGUAUGAAUAGAUUUGUGAUUUUAAAAUUUUGAAAUUGUUUGUAGCUUUUUUAAAAAUAAAUAUCAACUGUUUUGA